CACGUCGUACUCACAAACGUGAGAGGACGGCAUGAUGAAUUCAAAGGCCGACAGGCUCGACAGGCCCGACAGGCCGAUAGUCCCAGAUAUUGUGCAGUUUUGUUGCCAGCUCUAUUUUGCGCAGGAAGGCGAAUCCCCUUUGGUGAUUGAUAUCAUGCGACUGGGCUCCCUCAAGGGACGGUGCAGUGUGAAAUACCAUACCGAAGAUGCAUCUGCACUUUCUGGCCGCGAGUUCGAAGCUUGUUCAGGAGAGUUGAUCUUCGAGCACGGAGAAGAUGCCAAGGAAAUCAGCGUUGUCAUUAACGAUGAUGACAAUUGGUCGCCAUCAACAGAAUUUAGGGUUGUCUUGACCCAUCCACAGAAUUGCAAGUUGGGACAGGAUCUGCAGCAAUGCCGAGUCAAAAUCAUAGACGAUGAUGCCUUCCCGGGGAACAAGCACCGGGAAGAGAUUGAGAAGGGUGAAGACGCGAUUUGGAACAUCAGUGGCUUCUCCUUGUUCUGGGAGUUCUUUAGAUUGAACUUCAUCAGUGAAGGCAUGGCCUGGAGAACCGUUUUGACGAUUUGCUUUGACCAGAUGAAGAAUGGAUAUUUGAUGCUCACUUUGGUAAUGAAGACAUACCUCAUCAACGUUGUUUUAGAUACCUCGGUGUCCAAUGAGCGACUCAUUUUCCCAGAUCGACGCCUUUGUGCGAUUGUCAUUGGCAUGCUUUACAUUUUGCCACUGUCGAUUCUACAUGUGUGGGACUACUACAAGUUAUCCUUAGAUGUCCAAGGACGCACAAAGAUGUUCAUUCAAACCACACUCUUUCGGAAGUACCUCAACUACAGCGAAGCCUGGCAAAAACUCCUCCGCUCGUCUGACACCACUUGGGCUCUUGGAUCAUCUUGGAUCAAACUCCAAUAUUCGCCGGGCCAGAUGCCAAAAGGAUCCAAAAAGAUCUGA